AGUCCGUGGCUCAGUGGCGGCAGGAAGGUUGUGUUGCUGUCUGGCUUCAUGUUCCCAUCCUCCAGAGCAGAUUUGUGGAUGUGGCUGCUUCCCAAGGCUUUGCCUUCCACCACGCCGAGCAGGGCUCGUCCACCCUGACGCUGUGGCUGGGAGAAGGGCCCAGCAGGCUGCCAGGGUUUGCCACCCACCAGCUCGGGGUUGCAGGUGCUGUUCUAGAUGAAAGCACUGGAAAGGUGUUGGUUGUACAAGACAGACAUAAGACUACAAAUUCAUGGAAGUUUCCAGGAGGUCUGUCUAACCCAGGAGAAGACAUUGGAGACACAGCAGUUCGAGAGGUUUUUGAGGAGACUGGCAUCAAGUCAGAGUUCAAGUCCAUCCUAAGCAUCAGGCAGCAACACCAACACCCUGGAGCCUUCGGGAAGUCAGAUAUGUACAUCAUCUGUCGCCUGGAACCCUCCUCCUUCAGCAUCAACUUCUGCCAGCAGGAGUGCCUCAGGUGCGAGUGGAUGGACCUGGAGGAGCUCACUAGGACGAAAAACGCCACUCCCAUCACCAGCAACGUAGCUAAGCUCUUACUGUAUGGAUACAGGGAAGGGUUUGAUAAGAUUGACAUAACCAUGAGGGAGUUUCCAGCUGUCUACACAGGCCUGUUCUACAAACUCUACCACAGGGAGCUGCCGGAGUCCUACAGACAUGUGACAGGAUAGCAAUGCAUUUCACAUUUCAUUACAGUAAUAAUUUACAAUUAUUAUUGCAGUGCUGCAUAUUAAAAUUAUCCAUGGACUUCUU